AUGUCUACGGACACAUAUAAACCAGCACUUAUUGUGGUGGAUGUUCAAGAGGACUUUCUUCCUCCUUCUGGAUCUUUGGCAGUUAAAGAUGGCCGGGAAGUGAUUCCUAUUAUUAAUGAGCUUAUAAAGUUACCAUGCUGGAGCACGGUUAUAGCUUCGCUUGAUUGGCAUCCUCGAGAUCACGUUUCAUUUGCUUCUAACCAUGGGCUUCAACCAUUUACUACCAAAACUCUUCCUCCUCCAUCAUCCAGUGUAGAAAAGGAGCCACGAGAAUUCAUGCUCUGGCCAGAUCAUUGUGUUCAAGACACACCGGGAGCUCAACUGACAGACGAAUUGAAUCAGGAGAGAAUCAGUCACAUAGUUAAAAAGGGCACACUCAGCACUUCUGAAUACUAUUCAGGAUUCCAAGACACCUGGGGCAUUGACCAUACUAAUAUGGAAGACAUAUUGAGACAGAGCAAGGCAACAGACGUGUAUGUUGUCGGACUAGCAUUCGACUACUGCGUCUUUCAUACCGCUAUCGACGCAGCAGCCAAGGGGUUCAACACGUUUAUCAUUCGAGAGGCUACCAAAGCUGUGAAUUCAGAAAACGACAGCCAGACGAUACACGAACUGGAGAAGCGACAUGUCAAGGUCAUUUCCCUCAACGGACCCGAACUAGCACAUUUAUUGUCGAAGAGUGACACAACCUGA